AUGGGGAUACAUCAGCUGACUAAGGUCAUUGGUGAUUAUGCUCCAAAAGCCAUAAAAAAUGGAGAAAUUAAAGCUUAUUUUGGUAGAAGGAUAGCCAUUGACGCUUCACUCUGCCUUUACCAGUUCUUGGUUGCUGUCCGCAGUGAUGGCAACAAUUUGGCAAACGAAGCUGGCGAAUCAACAAGUCAUCUCGUGGGGAUGUUUUAUCGCACAAUCCGUAUGCUUGAAAGCGGUCUCAAACCAGUUUACGUGUUUGAAGGAAAGCCGCCGAGUCUUAAAUCUGGAGAGUUAUCAAAACGUACAGAGCGUCGAGAGGAGAGCGCCAAGGAGUUGGGCAAAGCAAAGGAGAUCGGUGACAUAGCAGGAAUAGAAAAGUACUCAAGACGUUUGGUCAAAAUUACUGCUCAGCAUAGUGAAGAUUGUAAAACACUCCUCCGACUUAUGGGAGUUCCUUUUGUUGAGGCACCUGGUGAGGCAGAGGCUCAAUGCGCAGCAUUAGCAAAGUCUGGGAAAGUCUUUGCAGUCGGUACAGAGGACAUGGAUGCUCUGGCCUUUGGUGCACCUGUUCUGCUUCGUCAUCUCACUUUCAGCGAGGCCCGUAAAAUGCCAAUUCAGGAGUUCAAUCUUCAAAAAAUUCUAAAUUCAAUGGAUCUAACAAUGGACCAGUUCAUAAAUCUCUGCGUAAUGCUUGGUUGCGACUAUUGCGAAAGCAUCAAAGGUAUCGGGCCGAAGAAAUCUGUGGAGCUGGUUCAGCGCUAUAAAUCGCUCGAUUCCAUCCUGGAACACAUAGAUACGAAGAAGUUUCAGCCCCCGGAGGGUUGGGUCUACAAGGAGGCUGUUCGUCUUUUUGUUGAGCCGGAUGUCAUAGAUCCUUCAACUGUUGAGCUAAAAUGGACGGAACCCGAUGAGGAUGGU